AUGUGGAACCCCAAACUCCUCAUAUUCAUCUCACUCUGUAUCUCGGCGCUGUCGUCGCCGUGCACGGCAGCCAGUGGCGCCGGCAAGCCCCUGGUGACCGGCGUCACCAAGGACGCGUCCACCUCCCACUACACAGCGCCGCUCAAGGACGGCCACCCGCUGGUCCUCGACCUCACCAGCCCGGUCAUCUCCCUAACCACGUGUGCCUUCAAGAAUGGCACCCUCGCCACGCUCUCCGCAAACGCCACCGACGGCCAGAACCCGCUGUUCCCGGUCUCCUUCUCGGCGGUUGCCACCUGCACGCCAUCGUCGCCGUUGAAGCUGCCGGCCGGCGCCGUCGGCGUCACAGGCAUCGCGCCCUCGACCCAGUCGUUCCCCGCGCAGGUGGCGCGCACCCAGAAGGUCGCCAACAAGAUAGCGCUCUGCCUCCCCAGCGACGGCAAGUCCACGUCCGGCAACAGCGUCGGCGUGGCCAUCUUUUGUGGAGGUCCCUUUGUCUUCCCGGACAGGGGCGACUUCACCACGAUGCUGGCCGGCCGGCACGGCGCCGCUGAGUGGGUUCAACGGAGCCUCCGGGUACUAUGUCUCCUCCACCGGCAUCGCCGUGGAGCAGAGUCGCGUCGGCACCUCCGGCGGGCCACUCGUCGAGGCGCUGUUCGAGCGGUGCUACGACUCGACGAAGCUGCCGCCGACGCGAUGCUGCAGGGCGGGCAGAACUGA